CUCAACCACCGAGUCACCUCUGGUGCCCAGCACAUGACAACUUGGAUCCCAAUUGGAGUCAUUCUGGUCAGCUUCUCUUCUGUAGAAGCACAAGUUGACGUCACUGCACCGCUGCGAUCUGGACCCCUGCAGUGGCAUUUGCACUGGGAGUCCAUCCUAUCUCUUGCUGAGACAGUGUUGAGAGAGCGAAGGGAAGCAGAAUUGCUGAGCCAAUUUUUCCAACUUCGGCAGCAAAUCUACCAGUGGUCGCCGCAGGUAUGGGCAUCUACGAGCAUGUCAGAGCUAGUGCUGGAGAUGCACAAUGCAGAUUGGCCCAACAGUUUGGACGUGGUUGAGAUGGCCACGGCCAAUGACUUGAGGAGUUUGGGUUUCGUGCUCCUGUCGUUGCGAAAUCAGCUGACCAGGCUGGAAGAGGAUUGGGAACAGAUGCAGAAGGCUGUGUCCGAAUGGAACAGUGAAGCAAAGCGCUCAACUUCGCAUUUGCCGGUGAACUUCGAGAUACUUCUGAAGCAAGCUUCUGUCUUGCAGGGCUUGCUGGCAGCUGCACCGGGAUUCAGCAACUGCUUAGCGAAGAGCUUGGGCUUUGCCCGGAGCCAGAGACCCAGUGACGACCUGUACCGAAGUGCCAUGAUGUAUAUCCAGACCGCCCAAUUGGGAGAUUUCAACCGCAGAGUUUGGACCUUUCGAGAUGCGAAAAAUGCGGAUGGCCUUGAGAAAAUCUUUGAUGCAACCAAAGCAUCCUUGGACCAGGUGCAUUUGGUGCUUCAGAGUUUAGGAGAUCGAAAACGGACCGAUCGAACCAAUGGAAUGGAUGAGAUCCCUGUCCCUGAUUGGUGCUCUGGUGUGAGAGAACUGUGGCUUUCCCAGACUGAUCCCUGCACAGAACUUGCCAAAGAUUUAGCCCGGCUGCGUGAAGAAGUGACCACUUGGGAAGGCCCUCAGAUUUUUUUGCGCACCUUCAGCAGAUGGCAAUUCUCUGUAGCUCCAAAUAUUACUCGCAUCGAGUUGCUGACUGACAUUUUGGAGCAGACAGAAAAUUGCAUCAUGGGAAAAGCCGAGUUUUCCCAGAAUUUCUCAGCUGAAUCCGCUGAUUUGCAAGCGCUUGCAGCGGAUGAUCGAGCCAGUUUGGAAGAGCAGUAUCAUAUUUUGAACCGGGCGGCAAGGAUACUUCAUCGAGGGGAGCAUGUGCAGCAUGACAUGUUGGGCUUGUUGGGCAUGAUCCGAGGCUUGCUGGAAGCGCAACAUACCAUCCAUUUGUCCUUUGAUGAAGCAUCCACCUGGGCAUUUCGCAUUAAAACCCGCGGGAAUGGCUUACAACUUCGACUGCAACGGGUUGCGGGAAGGCUGAAUUCACUGCACGAGACCCUGAAGUCACUGCCCAACUACCGGUCUUUAGCCUUCAGGGAGAUUCAUUCUGCUGGACACUGGGGAAGAUUGUCAUCAGGAAGUGGAUCCUCCCAGCGGGCGACAUCUUCAAUUGGUGCAACGUUCCUUCACUUUCUGCAAGGGAUGCAGUUGUCAACCGAUCCAUCUGAACCAAAACAGCUCUCGAUUUUGGAUGUGGGAUGUGGCUGGGGUGAAUGGCUGCCUUCCAUGCUGUUGAAAGCUGUAGAGGAGAGGAGCCUGCGGGAAGAUUUCGUGUAUUUUGGACUUGACAUUGCGGAGCAACCCAUCGAGUCUUUACGGACUCGCUUUGGCCAUACGGGCCAUGCCUUUCAAUUUGCAGUCUUGGAUGCUUGCAGAGAUCCUUUACCAGCGGAUUUCUCCGUGGCAUUUGUGCGACAUGUUUUUCAACAUCUGAACCUGGCAGAUGCCCUGUCCCUGCUGAGAAAUGUGUACCGGGCGAAACCUCAACUGGUGGUGUUGUCCAGUUGGCCCCAGGCCUCCAAUCAGGACCUAGCAGGUGGUUCCAGUGCCUUUGAAGCAUUGUCACCUGGACAUGAGAUUUUCAAGGGUUAUAACCUGAGGAGGCCGCCUUUCAACCUUCCGGAACCUUUGAAGGUGUGGAAGGAAAUGGCUGGAGAGGAACUCUUGCUGUACCCCAGUGCAGUUCUCCAAGGAGUGGAUACAACGAGAUGACAGUGGAGUUGAGCUCACGGGAAAAAAUA